GCUCGCGCUCGGGCUCGGGCUCGGGCUCGGGCUUGGGCUCGCUCGCGGCGGCCUGGACCCCGCCAGACGCCCCCGCGUCCUCCUGCACCGGGGCUGGGCGUGUGCGCGGCGGCGGCGCGCGGCUCGGCCAGGAAGCCCGGGCAGCCCCCGCGGCUCGCGCCCUCUCGCUGCCCCCCGCCGACGCCAGCCGGACUACAACUCCCAGGGGGCACCGGGACGCUGGACUACACUUCCCGGGAUGCUCCGCGCCACGGGGGCGGAGUCAGGGGCGGGGCCUGCGGCUGGGAGCGCGGGAAGUCCGGAUCCCGGCGAGCGGCGGCCUGAGCAUGAGCGCUGAGCGCGAGCUUCGCCUGCUGAGCAAGGCCAAGGCCAAGGCCCAGAGGAGCGGGCAGCUGCGGGAGGAGGCCGCCGCCUGCCACCACCUGGGGGAGCUCCUGGCCAGCCGCGGCCGCUACGCAGAGGCCCUGCGGGAGCACCAGCACGAGCUGCAGCUCCUGGAGAGCGUGGACGACGCCCUGGGCUGUGCCGUGGCCCACCGCAAGAUCGGAGAGCGGCUGGCUGAGCUGGAGGAUUACUCCACUGCCUUGAAGCACCAGCAUCGCUACUUGGAGCUGGCCUGUUCUCUAUCCAAUCACACUGAGCAGCAGAGGGCCUGGGCCACAAUCGGCCGCACCUACCUGGACAUCUAUGACCACUGCCAGUCAAAGGACACCUUGCUGCAGGCGCAGGCUGCCUUUGAGAAGAGCUUGGCUAUUGUGGACGAGAAGCUGCGGGGUACAUUGGCCAAGCGAGAGCUGAAUGAGAUGAGGACCCGACUGUACCUCAACCUGGGCCUCACUUUCGAAAGCCUGCAGCAGAUGGCCCCGUGCAAUGACUACUUCCGGAAGAGCAUCUUCCUCGCUGAGCAGAACCACCUCCAUGAGGACCUGUUCCGUGCCCGCUACAACCUGGGUGCCAUCCACUGGCGCAAAGGGCAGCACUCCCAAGCCAUGCGCUGCCUGGAGGGGGCCCGAGAGUGUGCACGUGUCCUGAGGAAGGAACUCAUGGAGAGCGAGUGCUGUGUGCUCAUCUCACAGAUCCUCCAAGACCUGGGGGAUUUUUUGGCUGCCAAGAGAGCCUUGAAGAAAGCCUACAGGCUGGGCUUCCAGAAGCCUUUGCAGAAGGCAGCCGUCUGCCGGACCCUCAAAUAUGUGCUGGCUGUGGUCCAGCUGCAGCGGCAGCUGCAGGAGUCCGAGGGCAGUGACCCUCAGGGUGCCAUGGCCAUCUGCGAGCAGCUGGGGGACCUGUUCUCCAAGGCGGGCGACUUCCCCAAGGCGGCUGAGGCCUACCAGAAGCAGCUGCAUUUCGCGGAGCUGCUGGGCAGGCCAGGGCCCGAGCUGGCCGUCAUCCACGUGUCCCUGGCCACCACCUUGGGAGACAUGAAGGACCAUCGCCGGGCUGUGUCCCACUACGAACAGGAGCUGAGGCUGCGUGGUGGCGACGCUCUGGAGGAGGCCAAGACCUGGCUAAAUGUCGCGCUGUCCCGAGAGGAGGCCGGGGACGCCUAUGAGCUGCUGGCACCAUGCUUCCAAAAGGCUCUUGGCUGUGCCCAGCAGGCCCAGCAGCCCCGGCUGCAGAGGCAGAUCUUGCGGCACCUCCACACCGUGCAGCUGAGGCUGCAGCCCCAGGAGGCCCCCACCACUGCAGCCAGACUGCAGGAGCUGAGCGUGACCGGAGACGAGGGGGAAGACGAGGAGGAAGAGAAGGAGGGUGACAGUGACACUCCCGAGGCCAGCGACGUGGAGCUCUCCGAGAGUGAGGGCGAUGCUGACAGCUUGUCCCAGAAGCCAGAGGAGGAUGAGGAGCUGCAGGGCUGCCUGGGCCAGCGGAGCGCGAGCAAGUGGAACCGGCGCAAUGACGUUGGGGAGACUCUCCUGCACCGAGCUUGCAUCGAGGGCCGUCUGACUCGCGUCCAGGACCUCGUGAGACAGGGCCACCCUAUGAACCCUCGGGACUACUGUGGCUGGACACCCCUGCAUGAAGCCUGCAACUAUGGGCAUCUGGACAUCGUCCGCUUCCUGCUGGACCACGGGGCUGUGGUGGACGACCCAGGCGGCCAGGGCUGUGAGGGCAUCACUCCCCUGCACGACGCCCUCACCUGCGGUCAUUUUGAGGUGGCCGAGCUGCUCAUUGGACGGGGGGCAUCCGUGACCCUCCGAACCUCGAAGGGGCACAGCCCACUGGAGACUCUGCAGCAGUGGGUGAAGCUGUACGGCCGGGAUCUGGACAGCGAGACCCGAGAGAAGGCUGGAGCCAUGGAAAGGCUGCUCCGGGCGGCGGCGGCAGGCCAAGCCCCCCACGGCUUUCCACGCAGCCAUCUGUUUGACCCUGAGAUCUCGCCUCCCUUGAGCCCCUGCCCAGAGUCCCCAGAGUCCCCAGGGGCCCGGCCUUGGAGGAGCAAGCACACGCUGGCCAGCAGCAGCAGCUCAGAGGGCGAGGACGGCCCGGCCCGGCCCACCCCGAAGCGGCCGCGGCACUCUGUCCCCGCACAGCAGGCGGCCCAGAGGCCUGGCUCCAGCAGCAGCAGGGACACCGCGGCGGGGGUCGGCCCUCGGGGCCUAGGCGAGCCCGACCCCCACCGGGCGGCGCUCAUCCCCGAGGAGGACUGGCUGGCAGGCAACUGGCUGGAGGACGACUUGCCGUUGACCCACGGCCACCAGGAUGGCCCCGUGCCCCGCCCCCAGGGCACCAGCUGCGGCGCCCCCGGGUCAGGCAGCAGGAGCCCGGGCAGGCCGCGGCCCCGGGCCCGGACCAGGCAGAGCCGGUUGCCCCAUCUCACGAGCUGGAACGCACCAAUCGGGGCGCGGGGAGAGGGUGGCGCAGUGGCAGAGCCCCCGCGGAGCCCCGACAUGUCCCAGGCCUCAGGGCCCGGUGAGGACAGCCCUGCGGCAGGCCAGCCCUCGGGUCCACCUGUGCCCCCUCCCAUCCGGGUGCGAGUGCGAGUGCAGGACAGCCUCUUCCUCGUCCCCGUCCCACACAGCAAGGAGGCCCACUCCGUGGCCUGGCUCGCAGAGCAGGCCGCCCAGCGCUACUGCCAGGCCUGUGGGCUGCUGCCGAGGCUCCUCUUGCGAAAGGAGGGAGCCCUGCUGGCCCCACAGGACCCCAUUCCUGACGUCCUGCAGAGCAACGAGGAGGUGUUGGCCGAGGUCACGUCAUGGGAUCUUCCCCCGCUGACCGACCGAUACCGCAGGGCCUGCCAGAGCCUGGAGCAAGAGGAGCACCAGCAGGUGCUGCAGGCCAUGGGCUGCCAGGACUCCGGCCCCUCGUUCAGCGCCUGCUCCCUGGCCCUGCGCCAGACCCAGCUCACCCCCCUCCUGCGCGCCCUCAAGCUGCACGCGGCGCUCCGGGAGCUGCGCCUGGCAGGGAACCGGCUGGCGGACGGAUGUGCUGCUGAGCUGCUGGCCGCCCUGGGCACCCUGCCCAGCCUCGUCCUCCUUGACCUCUCUUCCAACCACCUGGGCCCUGAGGGUCUACGCCAGUUGGCCACGGGCCUCCGGGAGCAGACCGCCUUGCAGAACCUGCAGGAGCUGGACUUGAGCAUGAACCCCCUCGGGGAUGGCUGUGGCCAGGCCCUGGCGUUCGUCCUACAGGCCUGCCCCUCACUUAGUACCUUGCACCUCCAGGCCUGUGGCUUGGGCCCCGGCUUCCUCCUGAGCCACCAGGCAGCCCUGGGUAGCGCCUUCCAAGAUGCCACGCACCUGAAGACGCUGUCUCUGUCCUACAACAUCCUGGGCACCACUGCCCUGGCCCGGGCCCUGAAGAGCCUGCCUGCCCGCACCCUCCAGCGCCUGGAGCUUAGCUCUGUGGCAGCCAGCAAGAGCGACUCAGGCCUCGUGGAGCCUGUGGUCAGAUACCUGACCGAGGAAGGCUGUGUUCUCUCUCACUUGAGCCUGUCUGGAAACCAUCUGGGUGACAAGGCCGUGAAAGACCUGAGCAGAUGCCUUCCUUGUUGCCCCUCACUCAUUUCCCUGGACCUGUCUGCCAACCCUGAGAUUACACGUGUGGGCCUGGAGGAGCUCCUGUCUGCCCUCCAGAUGCGGCCCCAAGGCCUCGGCUUCCUUGGCCUGUCAGGCUGUGCCGUCCAGGGCCCGCUGGGCCAGCGCCUGUGGCACCAGGUCGCCGCGCGGGUGCAGGAGCUGCAGCUGUGCAGCCGCCGCCUCGCCCCCGAGGACCGCGCCGCGCUGAGCCUGCUGGCCGGCCCGCCGAGCCCCGGCGCCUGCACGCUGGACCGAGGCUCCCGGCUCUUCUUCCGGCGCCUGUGAUCGCCCCGCCCCCGCCCCAAUAAACGGACGCCACCGCCGCCGUCGCCGCUGCCUCUGAAAGGCGGGAGGAGGCCGGGGGCCCGCUGGGGUGCAGGGCUGGGUCCGCGCUGGCCGCCCGGGGGCGGGGCUGGGGGCGGGGCCGGCCGUUUCCGGCGCGCGCAGGAGCAGACGUC